AUGAACAGCAAUUUUUCCCACCCCAUUGUGCAGCUGUGCUAUGAGAAUGUGAAUGGAUCUUGUAUUAAAACCCCCUACUCACCUGGGUUUCGGGUGAUUCUGUACACAGCCUUUGGCUUGGGGUCUUUACUGGCCAUAUUGGGAAACCUCUUGGUGAUGACUUCAGUUCUUCAUUUCAGGCAGCUGCACUCUCCAGCCAAUCUUCUCAUCGCCUCUCUGGCCUGUGCUGACUUUUUGGUGGGUGUGACCGUGAUGCCCUUCAGCAUGGUCAGGUCCGUGGAGAGCUGCUGGUACUUUGGAGACAAAUUUUGUACCUUUCACAGCUGCUUUGAUGCGGCAUUUUGUUAUUCUUCUCUCUUCCACCUGUGCUUCAUCUCUGUCGACAGGUACAUCGCUGUAACAGACCCUCUGGUCUAUCCUACCAAGUUCACGGUGCGUGUGUCAGGAAUUUGCAUCAGCAUCUCCUGGAUCCUGUCCCUGGUGUACAGCGGUGCCGUGUUCUACACAGGUGCCUAUGAUGAUGGGCUGGAGGAAUUAUCCAGUGCCCUCAACUGUGUAGGAGGAUGUCAGAUUGUUGUGAAUCAAGACUGGGUUUUGAUAGAUUUUCUGUUGUUCUUCAUUCCUACUUUUGUUAUGAUAAUUCUUUACAGUAAGAUUUUUCUUGUAGCUAAACAACAAGCUAUAAAAAUGGAAAGUACUAGUAGCAAAGCAGAAUCAUCCUCCCAGAGUUACAAAGCCAGAGUGGCCAAGAGAGAGAGAAAAGCUGCUAAAACCCUGGGGGUCACAGUGAUAGCAUUUAUGAUUUCGUGGUUACCGUAUACAAUUGAUACAUUAAUUGAUGCUUUUAUGGGCUUCAUAACCCCUACCUAUAUCUAUGAAAUUUGCUGCUGGAGUGCUUAUUAUAACUCAGCCAUGAAUCCUUUGAUUUAUGCCUUAUUUUAUCCUUGGUUUAGAAAAGCCAUAAAACUUAUUUUAAGUGGGGAAGUUUUAAAGGAUAGUUCAUCAACCAUUAGUUUAUUUUCAGAAUAA